UCCGACUCCACCCCCUCCGCCUCAGGUGAUGAAGCUGAUUUACGUCAGACGGGGCGUGGCUGCGCAGUGCGGCUCCGUCUCCCGGACAGACUGAAGGCUGCUGCUGCCGCCAUGUCCGAGAACAAUAACAACAACGGGGAGGAGGUAGCGCUGCACGGUUCCUGGGUGGAGCUACAAAUGAACGGCAACGGGAACAAUAUUGACAGCAACCGAAACGGAGGCUUGGAACACGUUCCUUCCUCUUCCUCCAUCCACAAUGGAGACAUGGAGAAGAUCCUGUUGGACGCUCAGCAUGAAUCUGGCCAGAGCAGUUCCAGAAGCAGCUCUCAGUGUGACAGCCCAUCCCCUGAAGAUGGACAGAUCACAUUUGAUGUGGAGAUGCACACAAGUAAAGACAGCCUCCAGUCUGAAGAGGAAGCCCCAGAGGUAGAGAAGGAAGUUGAUGCUUUAAAGAAAAGUGCUGACUGGGUAUCUGACUGGUCAAGUAGGCCUGAAAAUAUCCCCCCAAAGGAGUUUCAUUUCCACCACCCUAAAAGGUCUGUGUCUUUGAGCAUGAGGAAGACUGGUGCUAUGAAGAAAGGUGGUGUCUUCUCUGCAGAAUUCUUGAAAGUCUUCAUCCCUUCUCUGUUCAUCUCCCAUGUUCUGGCUCUGGGAUUGGGCAUUUACAUUGGUAAAAGACUGACCCUGUCUUCUGCCAGUUCCUAUUGAAGGGCAUGAUUCGGAAUUGAACCUGUGACCGUGUGAAGGUGUGUUCCUGUCACAUUUUGUGCAUUUGCACCAUGUCAAGCAUGAUUCAAAGCACCCUCUCCUCUGCACCCAUCUUUUUUUUAUUUUUAUGUUUUUUUUUAACUUCCUCUGGUCAUCUCAUGGGCUUGGAGCAGUAACCAUUUUGAUGUCCCAGAGUCACAAAGCAGAGGCAGAAAUCGAAUUACUCUCCAUUCAGUUCAGAAACAACAAGGCUUGUCCUGAUCAGGAAACAUCGGCUUCCAUGUAAUUCCGCAGGCUGAUGACACUCCACGUUGAUGUACAUCAAGACAGGGCUUUGCUUUGGCCUUAGUCUGUAGGAAAGAAGUCUGUGUUGCUGUGUGUUGGAUAUUCCUCAAGUUCCAGCUGCUGAUCAGCAAAAGAUAUUGUGGUCCAUCAUUAUAAAAAAAACUAUUUUGUUUCCCCAAAAACAAAAUAUAGGUUGAAAUCAUUCAAGCAAAUUUUAUAUGGGGGGAAAUGUUUCUGCCAGUAGUAUUCCACAGUGCAUCUUUUAUCUUUUACAAUAAGUAUUUUUAGAGUGUACACCACUCUUCUUAAAUACAGACACAUUUUUCCAUGCAGACCCCUCCCACUCUGCUCCAUGUCCCAUAUACAGACGCUUUGUCCCGAAGUGACUUUCUUAUUUUAAAAACAGAAACCAUUUGCAGGCACCUCUGGCCGUGCAGUCGACGUAAAUAGGUUUGGAUUUCAUUUUUAUGUUUCUUAAUUUUAUCCAUUUUUUUUUCUUCAUUGUGCGUGAAGGCAAAGUGUCCAGCUACCAAAUAUUUCCUUAUUCUUUAUAAGAAUUAACAAGAAAUAAUCUCAUUUGAAUGUAGGGCAGAUUGUACUAUUCUAAAGUGAAGCUGUAGUUGGGCACAGUCCCAGAGUUCUAUUGAAAUGGGCAUAUUUCUUGCUAGAGAGUGACAAAGCUUCCAGGGUAAGGGACUGGAAACUUUUUAGUUUUUCACAGUUAAAGAUAAUUUGAUACAUUUAUCUCCAGAAUGUGCUGUUAGAUUCCACUGAAUGGAUAACUUUUUCUUUAGUGAUACAAGAGCAGUUUUAAAUCUUGUGAUAAGUUCACCUACGUUUAAAAAUUCCCAAGUGUAUUUAUAAAACACAAAAAAAUUUUAAAUUCAUUAAAAUUUUGAAUAACCACAAAGUACGCCAAGCUCAAGAAUCCCCAUUGAGUAACCCUGCUAACCAUUGGAUUCUUUCCAGCUGCUUAGAUCCGGCUAUACGUGUGUUGUCCCUUCUCUGUCCAAUACACAGGACACUGGAACUUUUCUUUGUGUAUAAAUGUGAAGUGUAAAAGUGUAUACUAUUAUAUUUUUGUUUUUGUUUUUAAAUUAAUCUGGUCAUGCAGGAAGCACUGACGAUAUGUAGGGGCAGAUUUAUCAAGGGUCGAAGUGAAUUCGAGGGAAUUUUCGAAGUAAAAAAAGUAAUUUUUUUGGAUACUUCGGCCAUCGAAUAGGCUACUACGACAUUGAAUACGAUUCGAAGUAAAAUCGUUCCAAUAUUCGACCAUUCGAUAAUCAAAGUACAAUACUUCGCCAAAUUAAACCUCCCGAAGUGCUAUGCUAGCCUAUUUUCUUUACACAUCGCAGUAAAAUCGUUCGAUUCGAACAAUUUAAUCGUUCGAUCAAAUGAUUUUACUUCGAUUGCAGGAUGUCCAAAUUCGGUGAAAAAUACUUUGACUUCGAUAUUCGAAGUCAAAGUAUUUCAAUUUGAUGGUCGAAUUUCGAAGUAUUUAACACUUCGAAAUUCGACCCUUGAUAAAUCUGCCACAUAGUGUCGACUUUAAACAUAUUCCCAGGGUAGGUUGACAUAACUAAUCAGAGUUGGAUUUUUAUUUUAUUUAUUUUUUUGUAACCGAGCUCUCAAUGCUAAACACAACGUUCAUAUACAUUUCUUGGGUUUAAAGGAAAACUAUACCCCUCAAACAAUGUGGUCUCUAUAAAAAGAUAUUGCAUAAAACAGCUCAUGUUUAAAACCCUG